AUGACCUCCCCCGCCAGUGAAGCCGGGUCGGAGGAGGACCCGGCGGCACCGGGGGCAGGGAGGGAGAGCCCGCGCCCCUUCCGGUGCGGCGAGUGCCCCCGGCGGUUCCGGACCUCCUCCAGCCUCCUGCGGCACCGGCACAGCCACUCGCCGGUCAAGCCGUACCAGUGCGCCGGCUGCGGCAGCGGCUUCGUGCAGCCGUCGGACCUGAGGGCGCACGGCCGGCGCUGCCGGGAGGCCUCGGGGGAGGGGGAGGGGGAGACUCCUCCCUUCAUCUGCUCGCUCUGCGGCCGUGGUUUUGCCGGCGGUGGGCAAGCCUGCCCCCGGUGCUCCGCCGGGCGCCGGGCCUUCCCCUGCGGCCAGUCCUUCGGCCGGGCCAGCCGCGGUGAGGAGGGGGCGUACGCCUGCGCCGUCUGCGGCCGCCGGCUGAAGAGCCCCUCCAACCUGGCCCGGCACCGGCGGUGCCACGAGGCCGGCGGGCGGCCCUCCUACCCCUGCGGCCUCUGCGGCAAGUCCUUCGGCCAGUCCUCCAACCUGGCCGCCCACCGCCUGGCCCACGCCGGCGAGCGGCCCUACCCCUGCCGGCUGUGCGGCCGGGCCUUCGCCCGGGCGGCCCACCUCCGCCGGCACGCCGCCUCCUCCCACUCCGGUCGCCGGCCCUUCGCCUGCGCCGUCUGCGGCCGGGCCUUCUCUCGCUCCUGCAACCUGGUGCAGCACCACCGCACCCACACCGGCGAGCGGCCCUUCUCCUGCCCCCUCUGCCCUCGACGCUUCAACCGCUCCUACAACCUGCUGGCCCACCAGCGCUCCCGGCACAGCGAGGCACUGCCCCCCGGGAGCCCUGUCCCCGUCACGCUGACCCCCCCUCCUCCUCCUGCAGAGCCCAGGGACAGCAGCGGUGAGUCUGUAAGCUCGGGAGUGACUCGGUGA